AUGUAGUUUUUUUUUUUUUUUUGGCUAAAUAAUUUAUGUAGUUACGAAUAUAAAUCUUGGUAGCCUGGUCUGCUUCUUUUGUUGGGAAUCUUUAAACUAAAGUGGAAUAAAGUUGAUUGAUAACAACAAAGUGUGUAUGCACUAUGCAGAGAUGAAUGGGAAAGUGAGGAGUCAUGGAACGGAUUCCAAAACAAAGAAUAAAGAAUGGUGAUAGUAAGUUUAAGCAAAUUGUUGUGAAAUCUGAUCAAGAACAGACCAACAUGUCAUUAGUUGUUACUGAAGUUGAUGAAUCAGUUGUGCCUCUCUCUUCUCAUGCACCCAUUGUGUCUUCUUACAAUGAAAGAAUCAGACCACUCUUGGAUGCUGUUGACAAGCUCAGAAACUUAAAGGUCAUGCAAGAGGGGAUUCAGCUGCCCACCAUUGUUGUUGUUGGUGAUCAGUCUAGUGGUAAGUCUAGUGUGCUUGAAUCACUGGCUGGGAUCAGCUUGCCGCGUGGUCAGGGAAUUUGUACCAGGGUUCCUCUGAUAAUGAGGCUGCAUCAUCACUCGAAACCUGAGUCGGAGCUUCAUCUGGAGUAUUGUGGCAAAGUGGUCUCUACUGAUGAGAUAAAUAUUGCAGAAGCUAUAAACAUGGCCACUGCAGAGAUUGCUGGGAAUGGAAAGGGGAUAUCUCAUACACCACUGACACUUGUUGUUAAGAAGAAUGGAGUUCCUGAUCUCACUAUGGUUGAUUUGCCUGGUAUUACCAGAGUUCCGGUUCACGGGCAACCUGAAAAUAUAUAUGAGCAAAUUUCUGGUAUAAUAAUGGAGUACAUAAAACCAGAGGAAAGCAUUAUACUGAAUGUUCUAUCUGCAACUGUUGAUUUUCCUACCUGUGAGUCUAUUCGAAUGUCUCAGUCUGUGGACAGAACUGGGGACAGGACACUGGCUGUCGUAACAAAGUCAGAUAAAGCUCCAGAAGAACUGCGUGAAAAGGUCAUGGCUGAUGAUGUGAAUAUAGGGCUCGGAUACGUUUGUGUGAGGAACCGGAUUGGUGAUGAAUCCUAUGAAGAAGCAAGGAUUGCAGAAAGUAUUCUUUUCGAAUCCCACCCACUGCUCUCCAGAAUUAACAAGUCUAUGGUUAGUGUCCCUGUGUUAGCUAGGAAACUUGUGCAAAUUCAAGCCACAAUUAUAGCCAAAUGCUUGCCAGAAAUUGUGAGGAAGAUCAAUGCUAAGCUGAAUGAAAAUGUUUCGGAGCUUAACAAUUUGCCCCAGAAACUGUCGACUGUUUCUGAAGCAUUGACUGCUCUAAUGAGGAUUCUGGGAUUGUCGAGAGAGUCACUGAAAAAACUUCUCGUGAGAGGUGAGUUUGAUGAAUAUCCUGACAAUAAGAAUAUGCAUAGUACUGCUCGUUUAGCUGAAAUGCUUGACAAAUUCUCCCAAGACUUGAAAAACAGUUCUCAGAAUAUUUCUGACAGGGAAUUUUUACUUGAUGAGAUAAUUGUGCUCGAGGAAACUAAAAGUGUCGCGCUGCCUAAUUUCCUUCCCAGAUCUGCAUUCCUCUCACUUCUGCAACUAAAGGUUAAAGCGAUUUCAGAGAUACCUGUUAGCUUUGUCGCGGAAGUGUGGGACUACAUUGAGACCGUGGUGAUUGGAGUUCUAAUGCAUCAUUGCGGAAACUAUCCACCAUUGCAAUCUUCUACUAAACGAGCAGCCUUGAAUCUGAUCUCCAAAAUGAAAGAGCAGUCAACAUCUCAAGUUCUGGAAAUUAUUGAGAUGGAGAAGCUUGCUGACUACACGUGUGAUCCAGAGUACUUGGCAGUGUGGAGUAAGCUCAUGAAAUCACUUGACAAUUUCAAGCAGGUUAUUGAAGGGCCUGUUACCUGGAUAGCCGAUAUUGAAAGUUUUGGGCGUAUUGACCUUAGUCAUUUAGAUGAUUAUCCAGGUGUUAGAGAUGUAGCGUUUGAUCUAAAGAUGAGGCUAACUGCUUACUGGAACAUCGUUCUUAAGAGAAUGGUCGACUCUAUUGCUCUUUACCUGCUUCUUGCUUUAAACAAGUUGGUUAACCAGGGUAUGGAAGAAGAGAUCGUGAACGAGGUUUUGGGUCCACUAGGUGGCGGCAUUGAGCGUCUGAUGGAUGAAUCACCUUCGGUUACUAUUAAGAGGGGAAGAUUAAACCAAAGCAUUGGUUUACUUAAGGAAUCAAAGGAUGUUCUGGCUGAGAUCAUAGAUCGAAUUGCUAUCGCUGAUGACUAGUCUGCUUGCUCCCUCCUGAUCCUUGGGACUAGCUCUUCUGUGAUUGCAGUCAUAUAGUGCUUUCUUGUUACUUUAAUCUUUAAGAACUUCAUUGUCCUAUGUCAUCCUUGUUUGUUAAUCCUGGUCUCUGUUUUCAUCAAUCUUAUUAUGUUUGUCUUCUGGAA